AUGCUUCAACUAUGCUGGAAACAGCAUUCACAGAAGAUGGCAGAAGUUGAUGCACACACCAAUGCUGGCCUUGUAAACUCAGCAACAGGCGUAGCAGCUGCUCUCACAGGAUCUAAUGCUCAGAUUGCCCCUGCUCACAUGCAAACAAUGAUCUCAAGUACCAUCAAAGGAUCAAUACUGGCACAAAACAUCAAUGGGCGCACCAGUCCUCUGUCUGUGUCAGCUGCUUCUCUCUCCAAGAAUCUACCAAGAAGAAAAGACCUGCAACUGGACUGGAAUAAAGUUCCGACUUCUAUGCUCACUGUGCACCUUGCUGAAAAGGUCGCUAAUGAGGCAGGGCAGUAG